AUGUCGGGGGGGGGGGGUGGCGGCCGGGCAAAGGCCCGCACUCACUCGGUCCUCGGUCCUCGGUCCACGCGAGCAAGGGGAGGGUCUCCGGACGCCGGGCGCGGGGCCACGACUGCUUCCGGGUCGCCACCUAGGGACGACCGUGCGCAAGCGCACUGGGCAGCCCGGAAAGCCCGGGAGCCCGCUCCCAUUCGCACGUGGGACACAGGCUUAGAGACUGCGCAUGCGUCCGCGACUGGAGCCACCAAAGCUUUACGCUCCAGUUCCUCUGACCCCCCCUCCCCCCGCUGCGUCACGGGCUUUCCCUCCUGCCCCGACGGCCCCGAGCCCCGCGGGGCUCUCCUGGCCCGGGUCCCGCUGCUGCUCGGGCCUCGGCGCCGCCCCUCGCUUCUCCGUACGGGCCGGGGGGCUCGCGCUCUCCCGUCCGACAGGAAGCGGGGGGGGAGGGGGGCGGGGGGGAGCCGGCGCUGGGCCGUGGGCCUGCCUUUGGGAAGCUCCCUCUCUGACCGGAGGGCGGCGGACGAGAGAAGAAGCUGCGCGAGAAGCGCUGGGCCGGUGGGUGCUGGGCACCGGGAGCGGAGGAGCUUGGGAGGGCGCCCUGAGCUGCUGGGGUUCCCUGUUCGUCUUGGGAAAAAUCAGGCCGAGAAGGAAGGAAAAACUGCAGAAGAAAGCAACAACAAACAGAAUGCUGCCUUGUGGGCCACUCAGUUCCCGCUGUCCUCCCGCUGGCUCUCUGAAUCACUGAACAAUCGCAACUAGUUUGAAUCAUCUCAUUGUUGAAGAGAGCCACUUGGUUGUGGUCCUGCUCAUUUCGCUCAGCACCAGCUCCUGUCAGCCUCUCCAGGCCUCUCUGAAAUCAUCCUGCUGGUCCUUUCUUACAGAACAGCAAUAAGAGGGCGGCCCCAAACGUUCUUGCACCUCCUUUAAGGUCUCUUUGGGAUAAAAGGCCAGGAGUAACACCGCUGGGUCAGAGGGUACGCACAGUUUGAUAACUUUGAGCAUAGCUCCAGACUGCUCUCCAGAACGGCUGGAUCCGUUCACAACUCCACCAUCAAUGUGUCAGUGUCCCAGCUUUCCCGCCUCCCCUCCAGUAUUAGAUGGCGGUAUUUUAACUGGGACUUGAAGGAAGUCGGGAAGGUCAGUGAGCACCCCAGGCUCAUUGCACGGCUGCAGCAUCGCUGCAGCAUCUCUUUGUCAGUUUCACCUCUGCAUCUCUGUAGAUUUCACCUGAGCAGUUUCUCCCCAACGCACCCCCUUGUCUAACGUUGCUCACACCCUGGUACAGACCCUCAUCACCUCAUAGCUAGGCUAUUGCAACACCGACUGGGGAUGUCUGCUUGCCUUCAGGGUCUCCCCAGUCCAGUCAAUCCUCUCUGGCCACCAAAGUGACUUUUCUAAGACACGGGGCUGAAACCUCCUUUCCGGAGAAGCUUCAGUGGCUCAUCAUCACUUCCAGCUCAACUAUUAGAUGUUCUGUUUGCCAUUCGAAGCCACUCUUGGCUGUCCAGUUUCUUAUACCUUUCUCCCAACUAAAACCCCACCUUCUACAAUAAGCUUUCCCAAACCCUCGCUAACUCUAGAUUCUUCUUCUGUUUAUUAUUUCCUAUUUAGCCUGUACCUUGUUUGUAUGUAUUUACAUGUUUCCUUGUGAGGAUCUAAGCUUCUUGAAGAAAGGGCCUGGUUUUAGUUUUUCUUAGCUUUUCCAGAACUUAGCACAGUGAGUGGUACAUCCUAGUUGCCUGUUAAAUGUUUAUCUACGAUUGCUGUUAUGAUGGUAAAAUUAACAAGAUCAACAUCUCACGAAAGUAGAUCGGAUGUGGUGGGGAUCUGUUUUAAAUCUCUCCCCACCCCAGUCUACCCUUCCCUCAGCCACCAAAGUGAUUUUCCUAAGCUGCUGAUCUGACCUUGUACUCAUACUCCAGUGGUUGAUCAAUGCAUACUGACUGACAGGAUCAGGAAAGGCUUUGUGUAAGCCUUUCAGCACCACACACAAGGACAUGAUGUUAUUCAGGGCUUGUUUAGGGUAAAAUGACUUGUUAAAAACCCACCCAGCCCAUUGUCCUUUCUCUUCCAGCAUGGCCUUUCUCUGGUCUAGUAGCAAGUGAAUUAGAGUCUCAAGGCAGCCCCCAGGGGGUCGCCACUCCCCCGGUGUCUGCCCCUUGCUGCAGUGGCAGUGUGGGGCCUCAUACCCCAGACUGCCGGAAACUCACUCUCGCCAGAACUUGGCCUACUCGUGCCCAUCGUCGUGGGCUCCCUUUUCCUGGGCUGAGGGAUAGAUUUUUACACCCAGUGGAGAGAAAUCAGAUAAGACUUCAAACCCUCUGCUUGCCACCCCACCUAGUCCAUCCCUCAGUUUCCCUGUCAAACCCUCAGCUCCCUGGAGAUUUUUCUAAUGGCUACUGGGGGAACUUUUCUGUGUAAAACAGGAAAUCUGCUCAAUCCCUUGGUUGCCGGUAGCUGUCCUCCAUUAUUCCUCACUGCCACUGGCAAUCCCUUCCUUCCCAGCCCAGAUGACAUCGGGUUUGUGGGCCUCUGCCCCUGCCCCCAUAGCUCCCAGACUACACCCACGGCUAUGCCCACAGCUAUACCUUUCCUCUGCAGUCCAGUGGUUCUUGGUUCAGCUUUACUCCUCUGCAAAGGAGACAAAGGACUAGCAUUUACAUAGCACUUUGUGGUUCAUAUACAUUGGUGUGUACACACAGAUAGGGGCAUCCACAUGUUAUCUUUCCAUUUUAUUCUUCUCAAAACCAUGCGAGGCUGGCGCUACCCCCAUUUCAUAGAUGAGGAACCUGAAGUAGAUGGUGGUUAUACAGCUGGGUAAGUGUCGGAGGCAGAAUCGGAACUCUAGGCCCAAUAAUGUUCUGCAGAUUAUACUGCCCAGCUGCUUGUGAGCUCCGUGAACACCUUCCAUUCUUCCUGGCUGUGGUUGGAAAUUUAAAAGUCUCAUUAAUGAAAAUCAGAUUGAUUUUCCUUUUUAAUUAUCUUCCUUUGACUUGA